AUGGCCUCCUCAACCUCUUCCCUCCAGCCACCCUCUCCACCCCCCGGUCCCUUUUCCGCCGCAGGCAUAGCAUCUUCGCCCCUCGAGACACUCAUCCCUCACCUCCUCGCCUCCAAACGCUCCCUAUCCUCCAUCAACCACGUCUGGCGCGCCAACGAACUCUGCACCUCCACCCGCACGUCCCUCGAGAGAUCCACCAUCACCACCGCCCGCACAUCUUUCCUACGCAGCGGCAUCACAUCUCAGCUGGCUGUUCUGCGGCAGGUGCAUCGAAAUUCGGAGACUACGGCUAAGCAAGGCAGAGCGGAGUUUGAAGCUGUGAUUCAGGUUUUGGAUGAGGCGGACGAGAGGUUGCGUGAUACGCUUGGAAAGCUGAGGAGUACGAUUGUGGAAAAAGGGUUGAGGCCGGGGGAUGAAGAGAGGAGGAGUUUGUUAGAUUUCAUGAAUGAGGAGGGUGUGGAGGGGUUGGUCGGGGUGAUCAAAGAGAGCCUUGAUGGAGCGGGGCAAGGGAUGAGGGAAUUUGAAGAUGGCAACAGAGGUUUUGGAGAGGAGGUUGAAAAUGUGAGGAAAUUACUAUAUGGUGACGGUUUGAAGGGAGGUAGCGGUCUGGUGGGUAGUGCAAGUCAAGGGCGUGUAGUGCAGGGUCAGGAAGGGUCGCCCGUACCACAGAUACUUCACGAGAUGGAAGAUCGCGCAAGGGAAAUGGCGGCAGGUUUGGAGAGUCUUGUGAGCCAUUAUGAUCUUUGCGUUACGGCUAUCAAGCAAACGGAAGGAGGGGGCGAUGCUGCUUCGAAGAUUGCCGGGGAUCUGCCUGAAGGGGUGGAUGUUGGGCAGGACGCUGGAGGUGCACCACCUGAGCCUAUGGGUGAUCAGGAGAGAAUGGAGAUGAUGAGAGUGCUUGAGGAAGAUGCAGGACAGGUGGAGGAUGUGGUGAUGGAGAUUCGAGAUCAUAUCGCCGAGAUGGAGAGUCUGCAUUCGCGCGUGGAGAUGCAUACCAGCCAUCUUGCAACGGAGCACGUGAAUAUGACUGCUGCCUUUAGGAUGCUUGAAGACUUGGGCCAAAAAUUACCGGGACAUAUCACGAGGACUCAAAUUUUCUUGAUGCGCUGGGAUGAAGACAAAGUGGCAAUCGACGAGCGCUUGGAGGAGCUUGAAGGUUUGACGGAACUUUACGAUGGCUUUCUGAGAGCUUAUGAUAAUCUGCUGAUAGAAAUCGGAAGGAGGAAAGAUCAAGAGCUAGAGGUUGAGCAGGUCGUCCAGGAAGCCAGAACUCGACUUGAAAAGCUUUACGAAGACGAGGUGGAAGAGCGUGAGGUUUUUAAGAAGGAGCAGGGCGAUUUCCUUCCUGUUGAUAUCUGGCCGGGUCUCAGGGAUAGGCCACUGCGGUAUUCGUUAUCUUCUGUUGAUGAUCAGGCGUCGCGGGUACCGGACAUCUCAAAGUCUGUGAUCUAUCGAGCCAUACAACGCGUACACGGCAAGCGGUGA